GGCUAGGAUAUAAGCAGUGCUCACGCUCCACACAACAGCACAACAAACUAGUGGGAACUGCGAGAACGUUCGCCAGCCGUAGGUACAUUAUAAAAGGUUAAAACUGAUAAACGAUACCGCACGCGCUCAGUCUGAGAGUAGCGAGGGAGCGAGUCAGUCGGUGUUGUUUAGUGGCUGUGAGAGGGCGCUGUGCCAGGGAUCGACCGCAGCUAAGACUGCUGCUGCUGCUGCCGGGAUAUCGACGGGUCAAUGUGUCAGCCGGAGAGCGGGAGACUCUAGUGCUCAGUGUUUGAUCGGCCAGCCUCACCAUCACCCAGUGUCUCUCACACAUACUAGUGAGCAGAGAGAAGGACACCUCUUCCACCUAGUGCUAGUACCCUGCCUCAACCUUCACCAUGGGGGAUGUAAAACUCGUCACCCUGCUCGACGUUGCUAAGCAUCCAGAGUAUUCAGAGGAUGAACUCAACAAGCUCUAUUGUCUCUUCUGCCGCUAUGCUGAACCCAACACUAAGAAGGGUGCCAUUUCUCUAGACAGCUUUAAGAAGCUUCUAGAAGCACUGGAGCUAACACAGACUCAUCUAGAGGCAAAGGAGACUUAUGAUAAGGCUGCAAAGGAUGGUAAAAUCACAUUGGAGGAGUUCAUGAAGCUGGUCAAGGAUCUAACUGCCAAGACGGGCAAAAUAAACCUAGAUCUGGUGGUGAAGUUGGCAGCACAAGAGGAGGUUGAUGUUGAUGAUGUAGGUGUUGGUGGCGCUAAGAGGUUCUUUGAGGCUAAGGCACGGAUCCUGGAGGUUGGCGAUGCUGCCUACCGUGCUUUUGAAGACAAAAAGAAGGAAGAGGAAGAAAAGAAGAAGAGGCAAGAGGAAUUCAAGAAAAAGAGGGAACAGUUCCAGCAAACAGCAUAGACAAGGAGAUUAGCUGAAGGAUCACUUAUAAUCAGUAAUGUGCCAGCUACAGAUGAUGUACCCAGUAAACUAAAAGAAAAGGUAUUAGGUUAGUUUAACCAGUAAUGAAGGUAUUAUCAAACAUUGUUAUAUAUGGAAUGGUCUGUAUAUGCAGACACUAAGCAAAUUUAAGGGGAGAGAGAUUCUUGCUGUGAGUUAGAAUCUACAAAUCCGUAACAUAAAUACAGUACAGUAUAUUCUAGUAUUCUAAAUGGUCUUAAUUUAUUUAAAACUGGGUCACAUGAGGUUUUAUUAUAAAAUGUAUUUGUUAAUAGCACUAUGCCUUAAAUACUGCUUUAAUACUUAGUACAAUGAUGGUAACAGUUUAGAUGAAAGUGAUAUAUCGAUGUUAACUCUUUAAAUAUUCAGGACAACUUUUACCCUAGAUGUGCCUGGUGGUGCUAAAAAGUAUUGGCAAUUAGUAAUACAUGAUACGAAAUUAAUGAUCAAGUUUGUGUUCACUUAUUGUUAGAACAUAAAAAGUCUUGAUUUUUUUUAUAUAUUGCAAGUAUUUGUUUCAACUUUUAGAUGCAAAUGAGAGAUUUUCAGUAAAAAAGAACAUGAAGACAAACAUGAUAGCCAGGACAAAUAUAGUUAAUGACUUUUUAGAUAUAUAAACAUGUCUUUCGCAUUGCUGUGCUCUUAGUAAAUUUUUAACAGUUAUUAACAGUUUGUCCUAACUGCUAGAUGCUACAGCAUGCCCUAACAACUAGUCAUUCAUUAGUGUCAGGACACUUGCUCUUCAUCCAUUUUUGCUGCAUUGUUCUGCAGUAAGUCAGUAUCUAGUUUUGUAGCAGUUAGCCAACCACCACUUAUCACUACAUUGCACAGUUGCUAUCUUAAAUGGCUAAUAACUAUUCAGUUACUGUUGCCUGUACAACUGUUGCUCUCAUAUAAUUUAGCGUAAUGGUGUUGAGAAAUGUUCAUAUUAUUGGUAUGGAAAAUUUGAAGACAUAUUUCUUCUCAUAUGUGUGAUGCUGUACUUGAUGGACCAGAGGUUAGCCUUUCUUAAGUGUGUAAGAUAUCAUUGUAUGAUAGCAGGUAAGAUAUACAUUAAAAGGUAGUCCAUAAGAUAUACAGUAUAUGAUAUCUAGAUUUCUAAAAAAAAAAAUAAUCACCGAGUGGAGUCUUAGAGUAAUAGGAUUUUAUUGAAGUAAAUUAGCACUUGCCUGUAUCUGCGUGAUUUGUGAUAAAUGAUUCCACUUCACUUAAAAUCA